AUGGGCAACGCGGGAGGAAUCCUGUCAUGUUGUGUGAAUGAUCACAAAGUUGAGACGAAGCUUACAGCUGUCGCACCUCAGCGCAAGCUUCGCCCGCUACUCUGUGAUCUUGAGGCUCAGUUCGCCCAGUAUGCUGGCUCAGACAAGCAACUGGACGAGCAAGAGCUGACGGACAUCUGGAUCAAGGCGAGCAGAGAGAAGUUCGGAGACCUCACCCCAGAAGACGAAGCGAUCAUUCGCCAGAGCACCAAGGAAUACUUCAAGGUUAUGGACAUUGACAAGUCUGGAAAGGUCACAUACGAAGAGUUUGUUGCAGCCAUGCUUGGUGGGCACGAGGAUGCAAGCCACCUGACGCAGCUUCGAAAGGAGUUGAACGCGAAAAUGAAGAAUGACCCUGCUCACUUGCAGAGGCUUGUGAAUCAGUUUCAUCAGUGGGAUAAGAACGGCGAUGGGUACAUCACCAAGGAUGAGCUACAGGAGCACUUGGUGCAGCUGCAAGAGAUGGCGAUGACAGAUGGCAAGGUCGACAAGUCCGAGAAAAGGAGUAUCGACGAGGCGCGGAAGAUGAUGGAAGAGGUGUUUGCGGAGGCAGAUGUCGACAUGGAUGGACGCGUAGACCUUUGGGAGGUGAUGGCAUACAUGCUUGGGCGGAAGAAGCAGUCCGUCGAGUUGCUUUUGUACGACAUCUCCAAGGGCAUGGCAGCCAAACUUGGUCCUUUGCUCCUUGGGAAGUCUGCCGAGGCUGUGCACACUGGUGUCCUGGUUUAUGGCAGCGAGUACUGGUACGGUGGCAAAGUCUUCCGAAGCAAUCCGCCUUGCCGGAAACAGUUUGGUGAACCGCUGAAGAACCCCUGGGGCAUUCAGCUGGAACAGUCUGAGGCGAUGCCUGAACUACCAGUUGUCCGGCUCGGAUACACCUUCGUGACUCACGAGGAAUUCCUCCAGUGGUUGAGAGCUGGAGUUCAGGAGCGAUAUACCGGACUGCACACGUACGAUCUUCUCUCACACAGCUGCAACCACUUCAGCAACGAGGUUUGCACGUUUCUGCUCGGACAAGGGAUUCCGGAAAAGAUCUUUGAGCUCCAGAAAACUUUCCUUUCUGGCCCAAUCGUGGCCUUGCGACCCUUUUUGAACCGUUACCUUGGUGGAUUUGCUCAUCAUGACAAGGACCUUGAUGAGAAUCUCAUGUCGAAGGUUCAGGGCGAUGAAAUCGAAGGUGGCCAGGUAGAGUCCAUCAAGGACGAACUCCUGGGCGCCGGAGACGUCGUGUUGGUGGAGGGCAUCGACUCCAUCCACGGUGCCGUGCUGGCCACGAUCUUGAAGGAGGAGAACGGCAAGUGCGAGAUCAAGUACUUCGAUCCCACUGAAAAUCGAAUAGAGACAAUGCCAAACGUUCCACUCUCCAAGUGUAAGAAGACCACCUCCUGA